UACCACAAAAUGAGGAUCCAUAGCAUAUCUCUAUCUUUCCUAGUCCCCAUAUUUGCUGUUUUGGCUUACAAACAUUUUAGCCCGAUCGCCUUCUUCUCGUCUCCAAUCACUUCUUCAACGGGAGGGCAUCAUCAUCACCAACACAAACAACACCCUAAGAAGGGAGGAACAGUAGUAAUGUCGGUCUGCGAUGAUUUCCCGGACGACUUUCCUCCUCCGGAAACUAACACAACCUCGUAUAUUUGUGUCGAUCAAAAUGGGUGUUGCAAUUUUACAACGGUGCAAGCAGCAGUUGACGCAGUUCCAAAUUUCAGCCUGAAAAGGACCAUAAUAUGGGUCAACAAUGGCGUUUACUUUGAGAAAGUCACUGUUCCAAGAACGAAACCCAACAUAACAUUUCAAGGACAAGGCUUUACAUCGACUGCCAUUGCAUUCAAUGACACGGCUAAUUCUUCGCAUGGCACGUUUUUUAGCGGUUCUGUUCAAGUUUUCUCAACCAACUUCAUUGCCAAGAACAUAAGCUUCAUGAAUGUAGCUCCUAUUCCAAGCCCUGGUGAUGUUGGAGCCCAAGCAGUGGCAAUAAGAAUAUCUGGAGAUCAAGCUGCGUUCUGGGGUUGUGGAUUCUUCGGAGCCCAAGAUACCCUUCAUGACGAUAAAGGCCGCCAUUACUUCAAAGACUGCUAUGUCCAAGGUUCCAUUGAUUUCAUCUUUGGCAAUGCAAGGUCACUCUACGAGAAUUGCCAGAUGAUUUCCAUGGCGAACCCAGUAAACCCAGGAGUAAAGGUGAUAAACGGAGCAGUGACGGCUCAUGGGAGAGCUUCCGUGGACGAUAAGACUGGCUUUGUAUUCGUGAACUGCAGCGUGGGAGGAAAUGGAAGAGUAUGGCUUGGUCGAGCAUGGAGGCCGUUUUCUCGUGUCAUUUUUGCCUACACAACAAUGACAGAUAUCAUUGCUCCAGAGGGUUGGAAUGAUUUCAAUGACCCUACCAGAGACCAGACUGUAUUCUAUGGAGAAUACAAUUGCUCAGGCAGUGGAGCCAAUAUGACGAUGAGGGCUUCUUAUGUUCAGAGACUCAAUGACACACAAGCUUUACCUUUCCUUAACGUCUCCUUUAUCGAAGGGGAUCAAUGGCUCCAACCCUACAGUACUUUAGGCCAUGUAAUAUGAUAACAAUAUAUAUAUAUAAUAACAGAAAUUAUUACCUCUUUUUUAUA